GCGGGCGGAGGGCACACGGUCGGCGCCGAGCCCCGCACGGUCACGGGGGGCGGGGGCGGGAGAGCGCCGGAGGAGUCCGACCUCCCGCCCGGGCCGCUCGAUGAACCUCUAGUCUUGCUUUGAAAAAAAAAAAAAAAGCUUUUUUGUGUAACUCUUGACUGUGAAUAAUUUCCCAAUACAGCCCUUGGAAUCGUCCCGGGAUAAGUGUGCCAUUUGAGAGGCCCUGGAGAUUGGAAAGAGAGGUCUGUUUGGUUUUUGGUUGUUUUUCCGAGUGACCAUUAUGAGCAUUGGCUUUUCACCCUUGAAGUAAACAUGUUGAAGGCGGAAUCUUCAGGUGAACGGACCACUCUCAGAAGUGCCUCUCCUCACAGGAAUGCGUACAGAACAGAGUUCCAGGCACUGAAAAGUACUUUUGACAAACCCAAGUCAGAUGGGGAACAGAAAACAAAAGAAGGUGAGGGCUCCCAGCAGAGCAGAGGUAGGAAGUAUGGUUCCAAUGUCAACAGAAUUAAAAAUCUCUUUAUGCAGAUGGGUAUGGAACCCAGCGAGAAUGCUGCUAUCGUUGCCAAAACAAGGGGGAAAGGUAGGCCCUCAUCCCCUCAGAGAAGAAUGAAGCCCAAAGAGUUUGUGGAGAAAACGGAUGGCUCAGUGGUUAAGUUGGAGUCCUCCGUCUCUGAACGAAUCAGUAGAUUUGACACAAUGCAUGAUGGCCCUUCGUAUGCUAAGUUCACAGAGACUCGAAAGAUGUUUGAGAGAAGUGUGCAUGAGUCAGGGCAAAACCAUCGCUAUUCCCCAAAGAAAGAGAAAGGUGGAGGGACUGAACCACAGGAUGAGUGGGGUGGCUCCAAGUCCAACAGAGGCAGCAGUGAUUCCUUGGACAGUCUGAGCCCCCGGACGGAAGCUGUCUCUCCCACUGUGAGUCAGCUGAGUGCAGUGUUUGAGAACAGUGAGUCUCCAGGUGCCCUCACUGCUGGGAAGGCUGAGAGCGCCGACUACUCGGUGACUGGGCACUACCCCCUCAAUUUACCAUCUGUUACCGUCACCAAUCUGGAUACCUUUGGUCGUCUCAAGGAUUCUAAUUCGAAGCCUCCAUCAAGCAAACAAGAUACUGAUACAGAGGAUGCUCAGAAGAGUGAUGCUGUGCCAGUACCGGAAGUGGCUCAGAAAGGUACCUCUUUAGCUUCAUUGCCUAGUGAAGAGAGCCAGCUGAGCACGGAAGCCGAGGACGUCACAACAGCUCAACCAGAGGCUCUGGACAGCACUGAUAAAGAUAGUCCUGAGGAACCCUCUGCUGAAAGCCAGGCAAUGCCCAAGUUUCAUACCCUUUCGCCACGGAACGAGCCGUUAGAAGAUGCUGAAACUAAUGUGGUUGGGAGUGAGACAGCUCAGCAUCAGAAGCAAGACCUGACCGGUGGUGACCUAACCUCCCCUGAUGCUUCUGCAUCCAGCUGUGGAAGAGAAGUACCUGAAGACUCCAACAGUUUUGAGAGUUCCCACGUAUACAUGCAUAGUGACUAUAACGUGUAUAGGGUGAGAUCCAGGUAUAACUCAGACUGGGGAGAGACAGGCACGGAGCAAGAUGAGGAGGAAGACAGUGACGAGAACAAUUACUACCAGCCCGAUAUGGAAUACUCGGAGAUAGUUGGCUUGCCGGAAGAAGAAGAAAUCCCAGCAAAUAGGAAAAUUAAGUUUAGUUGUGCUCCGAUUAAGGUUUUCAACACAUACUCCAAUGACGACUAUGACAGGAGAAACGAUGAUGUUGACCCUGUGGCCGCAUCUGCUGAGUAUGAGCUUGAAAAGCGAGUAGAAAAGCUGGACCUUUUCCCGGUGGAACUGGAGAAAGAUGAGGACGGGCUGGGCAUAAGCAUUAUUGGAAUGGGCGUUGGUGCUGAUGCUGGACUGGAGAAGCUGGGAAUAUUUGUCAAGACAGUGACUGACGGAGGUGCUGCUCAGCGGGAUGGCAGGAUCCAAGUCAAUGACCAGAUUGUGGAAGUCGAUGGAAUCAGCCUGGUGGGGGUCACACAGAAUUUUGCUGCAACCGUUCUGCGGAAUACCAAGGGCAACGUCAGAUUCGUUAUCGGACGAGAAAAACCAGGACAAGUGAGUGAGGUUGCCCAGUUGAUCAGCCAGACCCUGGAACAAGAGCGGCGGCAGCGGGAGCUUCUGGAACGUCACUAUGCCCAGUAUGACGCUGAUGACGAUGAGAACACUGUGGCUGAAUUGCAAGGAGUGUCUGGCAACUGCAAUAACAAUAACAACCGUUUCCUUAAGACUGGAGAGUACGCCACUGAUGAAGAAGAGGAUGAGGGCGGGCCCAUUCUUCCUGGUGGUGACGUGGCCAUUGAGGUCUUUGAGCUGCCUGAGAACGAGGACAUGUUUUCCCCGUCUGACCUGGACACAAGCAAGCUCAGUCACAAGUUCAAAGAGUUGCAAAUCAAACAUGCAGUUACAGAAGCAGAGAUUCAAAAAUUGAAGACCAAGCUGCAAGCAGCCGAAAAUGAGAAAGUAAGGUGGGAACUAGAGAAGAACCAACUGCAGCAGAAUAUAGAAGAGAAUAAAGAAAGGAUGCUGAAGUUGGAGAGCUACUGGAUCGAGGCGCAGACAUUAUGUCACACCGUGAAUGAGCAUCUCAAAGAGACCCAAAGCCAGUACCAGGCCCUGGAGAAGAAGUAUAACAAAGCCAAGAAGUUGAUCAAAGAUUUUCAACAAAAAGAGCUCGAUUUCAUCAAGAGACAGGAAGUAGAAAGAAAGAAGCUGGAGGAGGUGGAAAAGGCUCACCUGGUUGAAGUCCAAGGCCUGCAAGUUCGGAUUAGAGAUUUGGAGGCUGAGGUGUUCAGACUACUAAAGCAAAAUGGGACCCAGGUUAACAACAACAACAACAUCUUUGAGAGAAGACCAUCUCCCGGGGAAGUCUCAAAAGGAGACACUAUGGAGAACAUGGAAGUCAAGCAAACAUCCUGUCAGGACGGCUUGAGCCAAGACUUGAAUGAAGCCGUCCCCGAGACAGAGCGCCUGGAUUCGAAAGCAUUGAAAACCCGGGCCCAGCUCUCUGUGAAGAACAGACGUCAGAGGCCCACAAGGACACGGCUCUACGACAGCGUCAGCUCAACUGAUGGGGAGGACAGCCUGGAGCGGAAGGGUUGGAGAGUUUCUUCUCCAGAAUCAGAGUGUGGUGUCGCACUCCUCACCCCCGUGACGAGCCCUAGGGCCUUCUCGUCCCACCACAUGACUGAGUCUCCAGGAGGAUCCCAGCAUCCAGAAAGGGACCCUUUCUCCUCUGUCUCGGGAGACACUUCAUCCUCCUCGCCUUCAGCAUCUGAUCAUGACACAGAAGACUCUCCUUGCCACCACCAAGCCACUGAGAAAGCGUUACAAGAGAAAGAAGAUGACAAAUAUCCUAAAUCACUAAGAACAUCCAGUUCAUUCGUGUUACAAAAAGGAAAAAUUAAGCAGAAGUUUGCAGAUCUGGGGGCACCUUUGCGAAGGAAUCCCAACAAGGGGAAGAAAUGGAAAGACAAAGAAAAGGAAGCCAGUAGGUUUUCUGCUGGUAGCAGAAUCUUCAGAAGCAAGUUGGAAACCUGGAAAGCCAGACCAAACUCUGCAGCUCCGGCCUCCACCCGCUCUCCUUGCAUGCCUUUCUCAUGGUUUAAUGAAAGCCGGAAAGGGUCCUAUUCCUUCAGGAACCUGCCUUCAGCUCCAAGUCCCCUUCAGCCUUCUCCUGAGACUCAAAUUUCAGAUAAAACAGGGUUCAAGAAUUUCACUUUCAAUGAUGACUUCAGCCCCAGCAGUACCAGCUCAGCAGACCUGAGUGGCUUAGGAGCAGAACCAAAAACGCCAGGGCUCUCCCAGUCCUUGGUACUGUCCUCAGAUGAGAGCCUGGAUAUGAUAGAUGACGAGAUCCUUGAUGACGGACAGUCUCCCAAACACACUCAGAGUCAGAAUCGGGCCGUUCAUGAAUGGAGUGUGCAGCAGGUUUCACACUGGUUAAUGAGCCUCAAUCUGGACCAGUAUGUACCUGAAUUCAGUGCCCAGAAUAUCAGUGGCGAGCAGCUCCUGCAGCUGGAUGGAAAUAAACUGAAGGCUCUUGGAAUGACAUCAUCCCAGGACCGGGCACUGGUUAAAAAAAAACUGAAGGAAAUGAAGAUGUCUCUCGAGAAGGCUCGCAAGGCCCAGGAGAAAAUGGAAAAACAAAGAGAGAAGCUGAGGAGGAAGGAACAAGAGCAAAUGCAGAGGAAGUCUAAGAAGUCGGAAAAGAUGACUUCCACAGCUGAUCAGCCUUGAGCACUGAGGCCUCGCCUCUUCCAGUAGUUGGGGAAGUUUGAGAGAAGCCCUGCCCCUUCCUGCCCCCACUCUCCUGCUGAGGGUGAAGAAGAAACUGAUGGGAUAACACCACUGUAGGCGGUUAAAGAACUGUGUGUUGAAUGCACUCUUGAUUUUAACCUCCUAAACUAACCCUUCGCCACCACCUUUGGUUUACUGACAAACCAGAAUUAUCAUUUUUAUCUUCUACUUACCAACAUCCAAUGUUGUGUUAAGUGUGCUGUGCCACUUGGAGGACUAGCCUGACCCAGCCAAUGAGAGUAGGACUCACUCUGGGGCGGUGAGUGGAGUACCCAGAAUUCUCAGUGGGAGCCCCUGAAACUGAGGCAGUAGCUUCUGGCUGUGGGUGUAGAGAUGAUGCCUGCCUUGAGAUGGGGGAGCGCCCCUCAAUUCUGACUGUAGAGCAAAUCAGUUCUGUUGUGGGGAUGUGGGUGACCAGCACACAAUUGCCAACUGAGAGUAAGAGGAAACAAGUGUGCUAUCCACUUGCUGGGAAUCAGAACGAGGGGGAAACAGUAGCUAUUUAUUAAUUCUAGAAGUGAAAAGCCUUUAAGCACACAGAUGUAGGUGUACUUUGAGGCUUGGAGGACAACAUUUUCCUCCGGGUAUUGUUGAACAAAGAAGAAAAAAAACGUCAGAGUGUCGCGCUACCGUGGAUGUUGGGAUCUGCUGUGUUGUUUGCCAGGGCUGCAGCCAAGUGUUUGAGCGGCACUGGCAAACUGCACAGCUCCUUCCCCCGCAACACACUGAACAGGAAAUUGAUUUUUAAGGAAACCAGCAUCUUCAGGUUUCUUCUCCUGGGACAUUCUGGCUUGCCUUCAGCCUGCCUGUGACACAAUCGUGAACUUGUCACAUAUUUUCUACCCAGAAUUUCCCAAAUGGGCUCAGUUAGUGUUUUAACAAUUGUACUUUUAAGGACUUAAACGUAGAGAUACUGGUUAGAGAUUUAAGAUUUGAGUAACAGUCAACCAGAGAACUUUUUUUUUUCUUGUGUUUAUGUACACAUAAUUCUUUCCUGUGAAGGACAGUCAUCAUUUACAUUUUAGAGACAAUUUGAAUGACUUUCUAAGCCAUUCUCUUCCAUAUUCUUGAGAGUUCCAGAUUUGUUUAAAACAGUACACAGGACAGAUUUUUCACAGUGUAAGAGCUGAUGUUACUUAAGUCAAGUAUUAAGGAUUCCAGUAUUUCACCAACCUGAGUUGAGCGCAGGAGACUGAGGGAGGAGAACAGAAACACUUCUGGAGACAUUUCGCACCCUGAGGGUUUUUAUUUAUUUGCUUGCCUUUAGUUUUGCUCUUUUUUGCUUCUGUAUCUAACUCUCAUUACUGCAUUAACCUGAUAUCAUCUGCUUUCGGAUGGACUGAGUUCAGAGUAGAGCUGGAGGCCAGAUGAAACCUUGGGCUUCAGGGUAUUUUCUUCCUUUCCCCCAGCAGGCCCUUGUGCUGCCCGAAGGCCUAUGCGCAUCUCCUCGGCAUGCACAGGUAUGCAGGGCCUGCAUCAGGCUCCAGAGUUAGGACCGGAAUAUGAUAGGAUAGAGGUCGGCUGCCUGUGUGGCCUCACUUUGUAUUUAAACAUUGCGACUUUUCCUUUCUAUCAUCAUUACUAUUUUUGUAACAUGAAUUCUGACAUUAUCUGAACUAGCAACUCGAUCCUGUCCUUCCUCCCAGAGCCUGCUUCUGUUUCUGGCCUGAGCACUUCUGUUAAGUUCUGGUCCUUCGGGUACAGACUCACUUCAGUCUGAAACGUGACGUGGGGGUCUUGUUAGGUUCUGCACAAACCAGACCUGCUUCACCAUUCUCUCGAGGAGUAGGGCACUGGGUGCCUCCAUAUCUCAGAUGCUUGAUGCUUCGCCACUUACUAAUAUUUUGAGAAAACAAGAGACAUGUUCCUGAACUGCACAUUCAGUAACUCUUUCCUAAUGCCAGAAGACUAAGCAGAACGCUGGCAAUACUAAUAUUUGUUAUUGUACGUUUCAGCCAUUUUUCUUUUGUUUGGAGAAAAAAAAAGCUGGAUUGCACUGGAAGCUUCUGUGUGUUCAUCUCCGAGAGUGAAAACAGAAGGGUGAUCAUUUUCAGUUGUGUUUACACUUUGAUGAUAGUUGAAAGCGAAUGUAUAUAUUGGAAAUGUCUGUAAGUCUGCCUCUGCCUGUAACUUAUGACCUCUUAUAUUGUGUUUCUUAAAUACAGUGUUCUUACUGUAACUUUAUUAACACUCCAUGCUUGAAUCAGCAUUCAUCUGACAGUUACAGGUCAAAUUAAUAUUCCUUACAUCAUUUAGUUUAUAGUUCAGUCACUAUAAUUUUUAAGUUAAAUUAUUGCAAUCUUAGACCAAAAUGAAUUCUUUUAACGUUGCUACUAGUAAAAUUGUAAAGGGCUCUUGAUUGCACUGUUUGGCAAAGGAUAAGAGACGGACUGGUUAGUCCAGUGUGGAAACAAAGUGAAGGACUUCAGGUCUUGUGAGCAUUUUGACUUCUUGUUCGCUCCUUUAUUGGCUUUGGUGCAUGACAAUAAUUGAGUUUCCAACAUCUUGCACAAUUCUUUCUUUAAUGCUGUGGUUUUCAGGGUUUAUACAACUUAACAGAGAAUUGUUGCUUCAUGUACUUUAAAGAUUUUGGACAGUUUUUAAGCUAUCAACAAAUGAACAGAAGGGGUUGCCUGCAUAUUGUAAACUAUGCUCUAGUGAAGACUAGUGGGUCCCCACCAGAAACCAAAAGUGUUUGGGGUACAAGAUAUGUUCGGGAGUCAGGGUACAUGGUGAGGCCCUGCCAUAGGUAGACAGCAUUGUAGGAGUAGAUUCUGGGUCAGGGUUCCACUGAAGAACUGUGCACUGGAUGUCUGUGGUUAAGAUCACCUCCUUUAAGGAGACUUAUCCAUAUGUAAUCACAUCUUUCUCCUCCCCAGCAUCAGGAGGGUACUGUUGGAGCAGAAACCAUGCUCUAUCUACUUUAGUACUCUUAUCGAAGCCUGUCAUUACUAUCGUGACAGCAAUGUCCUUCUGAAGCCAUCUGCCAUCCUUCUGCUGGGGUUGAAAUGGACUUCCCACUCCCCACCUCAUGUAGACUUUUUAAAUACCACAGUAGUUUAUGAUCACACUAUGAAAGAAGCUAAUGCCAAACUCAGUUUGCAAGAGGCACAACCUACCAUGCGUUCCUUUAUUUCAGGAAACAAAGUAGCAGAGGAGAGCAUGCUCCCGCUACUGUUCAUGCCCAAUAGUGUUUACCCAGAGGUCUUAAAUACCUUAGGCCUAAGCUUCAAGAAUGUCCACCAGUCAGAUUUAGCACCUGGGCCUCUAUGGCUUGUGCUGACUAUGAAGAAUUCUCUUUUAGGAUCUUUGUUUGAUAGUAUUAAUUUGUACCUGAAAAUUGUAUAAGAAGAAAAUGCUUGCAUUUAUACAGCUAUUCUGAAUCAUUUAUAAACAUGAGAGGUUAGAAAAUUUUGAGGAGCAUCAAUAUUUAACAAGAGUAUUUAAGAUGAUUCUGGAUGAUGGAGGGCAAAUGAUUCUAAAAGAAACUUCUGUACAUUGGAUGCAUAUUACCCUGUCAUACACUGGGAUCGUUAAGAAUUACCAAAUUCCAUUUGAGUAACUAAAGCUCUUCCCUCAUAGCUGAUGAUAAGAAAUAUCUCACUUUGGGGGACAGGCAUUAGGAGGGUUCAUGCCACUUGCUUCAAUGCUAUCACCCUACUGCUACCUGGAUGAAAGAGUAAUUAAGAAAGGAUGGGCCUAAUUUUCACAUGUUUUCUUACUUGCUUCCUUCCAAAACUGUUCUCAUUGUGAAAGGACAAAGGGAGGGACAGUCUCAAGACAGCAUUACAGGAAGUCUGUUUCGUCCCCGUUCAGUCCUGAAAGUCAGACUUAGCAUACAGGCCGGGUUUGUUUGCUUCUGUCUUAAAUAGUUAAAGUCCCGUGAAGUAUAGCCCUGAUCCAAAACACUGGGGGUGGCGGGAAUAUCACCAAAGAAAACACAUAUUAAUACCUUGAAGGUAACAUCGAAGAAGCUGGAGUGAGCGGUUAGGGGGAAAGGGAAAGUCUGCUUAGUAAACUGCCCUCCGGAGAGUAGCACGGACUCCUCACGCAAACGCACGCAUGCGGCCUCCUGGAAUGUUGGUUACCUGCAACUUCCAUCUGUCAGCACCUGGGUCUGGAUCCUCGGAGUAGGGGGCAGAAGAAGGUCCAUGUUUCCCUGCCCCUUCCCACCCCCGACCCCCACCCCCAGACCAUUAGGGAUCCAGCAUUGUGCAAGACGAUGUGCAAAGCAGUAAGAGAAGAAGCCACAAAUUCUCAGUUCCGUGCAUGCCACUUGUGUAGGUGUCAGAGCUGUGUGUGUGAAUAUAUCCCCACCUGACACAACACACACAUAUAUAUACCUUAAGCACGUGGCACAAAAAUAUACUCUCCGUGGUCUGCAGUGAUGUUAGUUAGGACCCUGGGCUGUAAUAGUGGCAUUGCCGCCACUUUUUAUGUUGCAUAUACAUUGUAUGGCUCAUAGAUUUUUAAGAGAUUUUUUUUUAAUGUAAGUAUCCUACUAAAUGCACUUAUGCUUCUAAAUGUUUAUAUAUUUUGGUAAAAUUGAUUUACUAGAUCUUUAGUAUUGUAUUUUAGUAAGGUAAAUUUUCCUCAGAUAUUUGAUUAAUGCUUUGAUGUCAAGAUUGCACAUUUUUUAGUUAGAACUCCAAAGCUAUUAUGCAGCUUGGGGCAUUUUCAACUGCAGGAUGCCUGCAGUUUUCUUGACUAAAUUGCACUGUGUAUUCUCGUGUAUCAGCUCCCACCUCUAUAGCCAUGAUGCUUCUGUCACCGACUGCUGGCUCUCUGGUGGCCAUAUUCUGUCGUGCGACCACUAUGUACUUCCUAAGCCAUCCGCUCGUAAUGGUAUUUUGGUUGCCACCAAAAAUAACACAAUGGGUCCUGAGUAUAUGCUGUUGGAAGCUGUGUGCUUCAUUUCCUUCGGCUGGGUUAUGCAGGCACACAAGUUUCUUGUUAAAGAUUGAAGCACUCAGCCAUGAAAUAACAAUUGGCCAGAAAUACCCUAAAUUGCCUUUACCAAAAGAAAAAAAAAAAAA